GGGUUGGUUGGAUUGCAUGAUGUACACGUUGGCUCUGUUGUUGCUUUGUAAUUUGAUCUUUGAUCCCAACAACUGUAGUAAAGCUCAACGAAAUGUCAAGUCACAGUGCUUCAUGCUCAAGUGACAUUUCAGUCGACCUAACCGAUGCCUUUCGAAGUAUGAUACUGAACAAGCGUUUCGUCUUGUGGGAUGAUUUUGAAAGCGCCUUAAAAGAGUUCCAAAAAGUAUGGAAUUAUAGUUUUAUCGCUUCUCAGACUACUUAUACUCGUUACAUCCACACAGAGAGCAGAUUGCUGAAGGAUGUCAGGUUCAAAUACCUGUUUGUAUCGUUUAAUUGUACGUUUGGUCAUAAGAGGAAAUCGGAAGGUUUGAAAGUGAGGCAAAAAUCGUCUAAAUUCCGUAAUUGUCAAUCUAAAUUUCGUGUAAGACUAGAGGAGCAAGGAUAUGUCAUCAAAUCCUACAACAUGCUCCACAAUCAUCCAUGUAGUAGUUCAUGGAUGGUAUGUGAUCCAUUGACAAGGAGAUUAUCGUCAGAAGAAAAAGAGAACUUGAAGCCCGUAAUACUUCACUGUGAGUCAGCAGAUGAAGUUAUCGAAAGCAUUAAGGAGAGAACUGGUAAGCAAGUAACUGCUGCCGAUGUCAAAGGGAUGAAAGCUACCCUCUCCACUGGUAAGUGUAUAUAAAUAUAUUUCAGGUUGUUGUACUCGGAACCAGGUAAUGGAUAUGCUUAGACAGAGAGGCGAAGUGAAGGAACAUUUAGAAAAUGGAUAUGCCACUAGAAUAUGUUUCAGUAGUUCUAACCAAAUACAACUGUACAGAAAAUAUCCAGAAGUUGUGUGCAUUGAUUCUACGUAUAAUACUAAUAAUAAAAAGUGAAUAUGUUUAUCGUUGUAUUUUACUAUGUAGAUAUUCCUUAUUCCAGUUAGUAGUGACGGAUAAUUGCGGUCGAGGUCGAACUGUAAUGUUUGCAUGGACUCUAAGGGAAAAGCGUGCUGAUGUUAUAUGGAUUCUAGAUCAAUUCAAAGAGAUAAUGGGGGAUACAAUGUUGACUGAAACAUUUGUGAUGGACUGCGCAAGAUGUGAAAGCGCGGCUGUCCGUAUGACACACGGACAUGCAAACAUAAUUUUGUGCGCCUUUCAUGUAAUUCGCGCUUUCCGGAAAAAGACAAACGACAAAAUAAUUAAAGCCUACUUAACUCGAUUGGUAACUGCGGAGACGGUUGGAAGAUUUAAUCAAUAUUACAGAAUAAUAAAUCGGCGGGACAGAUUGAUAGGUCAGUACCUGUCACGUUUUUGGAUGGCACGUAAGACGAUGUGGGCGCGUGCCUUUUACGGUCAUGUUUUAACAUUCGGUAUCAGCACGAAUAAUCGUGUUGAAUCGCUGAAUAGACAAAUUAAACGAUAUGUAC